GCGUGCUCACCGUGAGCGCUUGGAGCCCACCCACCCCAACCCCAUACCACCCAGCGGCGUCGCAUAGGAGCCGCCAUGAUCGAGCAGUUCGUCAAUUUCGUCAUCCGGCCUCCUCGAUCAGAGUAUAAUCCAGAUCAGUAUUUAUGGGAGACAGAGUUUAUGCUCGCAGGGCGAAGGUACAAACGACUAGACUUGGAGCUUACAAAUGCAAGGGGUCAUACCUUAAAAUGCAGCCACUAUGUUCCCGCUUUCAUUCCAGAAACUACUGCCCUUCCGUGUGUGAUCUACUGCCAUGGAAAUAGCGGAUGCCGAGCAGAUGCAAAUGAAGCUGCCGUAAUACUUCUUCCUUCAAACAUCACAGUUUUCACACUAGACUUUUCUGGGUCAGGUCUAUCGGAUGGAGAUUAUGUCAGUCUUGGUUGGCAUGAGAAAGAAGACCUCAAAUGCGCAGUAUCAUUUCUGCGUACCAAUAAGCAAGUUUCCCGUAUAGGCGUUUGGGGGCGAUCGAUGGGUGCUGUUACAAGCCUACUGUAUGGAGCAGAAGAUCCCUCAAUUGCUGGCAUGGUAUUGGAUAGCGCUUUCACCAACUUGUAUGGCUUGAUGCUGGAACUUGUGGAUGUGUACAAAAUCCGUGUUCCAAAAUUCACGGUUAAGAUGGCAUUACAGUACAUGCGGCGAACCAUUCAGAAAAGAGCUAAGUUUGACAUAAUGGAUCUUAAUGUUGUAAAGCUUGCUCCCAAGACAUUUAUUCCUGCAUUAUUUGGACAUGGUUUAAAUGACAUGUUUAUUCAGCCUCACCACUGUGAUCGUAUUCACGAAGCAUAUGGGGGGGAUAAAAGUAUAGUAAAAUUUGAGGGAGAUCAUAAUUCCCCGAGACCUCAGUCAUAUUAUGAUUCAGUUUCGAUAUUUUUCUACAAUACUCUGCGUCCUCCUCAGUUGCCUGCAUCAGGCUCAAAUAAGCUACAUAUGGGUGCUUUAAAAGUUGGUACCAUGACCAAUGAGAGUUUGUUCUUUGAGAUCAUCAAUGGUCUGAGGGCAGCUAGAACUGAUGCAGGCAGUUCAUCAACAGAUGCACAUGGCUUUCAAAAUGCUACAACUUCAGUUGUUGAAUUGCUAUCCGAGAGUGCGAAUCAGUUAUCCAUUAAGAAUGACGAUUUGGAUUUCCUUUUGGAUGAGAAUCAUAACCUCUCAGGCAUGGAUGGUGGUAGUGUUGGACAUCAUUUGCAGGAUAAAACGAGUAGGCACAACGAGGAGUCCUGCUCAUACACAAGCUCUAACAGAGAAAGUUGGGGCAGAUGUUCAUCUUUAGGUGCGGCCAGUGAUGGAUCACCUCCAGGCGGUACUAAUGAUAAGCAUGAGAACAUGACGGUAAAGGCUCUGGCCACACCGCUGAGGCAUGAACAGAGGAAAUCAACCAAAUCAACGCCCCCGAAAACGAAGGAGAAGAAGAUUCAUGCACUCUGGAAGAAGCUGAAGCGCGAGAGGGAGGAGAUGGGGGACAGCCUCUCUCAGCGUCUGAGGAUGUGCCUCGGGCAGUCCCGUCACAGGCGAACUCAAUCAUCAUCUGGACAGCGACUAUAGCUGACACGUACAACUGAUCCCGUUCGGACUGACGUGAAGAUCCUGACGACCCACGGUGCUGUAACUAACACUAGGUAACAUACGUAUGUAAUUUAGUGCCAUGGCUCGUGUGACCUGGCUGCAUGGAGGGGCUGUGAGCAUUGGGCGGGUACGCUCAUGGGUCAUAGCUGUCGUCUCUUGUGGUCCGCUGUUUUCCUUGUUGCUGUGGAUGUUGUAAGUUGUGAUGCCUGUUGGCGAAAUGAAAGGAAUGCCGUCCAUUGUUUUCCACGGCCAUCAA